AUGUCAUUCAACGACACCCAGCAGCGGGGUGAGUCCGCCGGCUACUACAACCCAGGCGACCUCAGUCUCGACCAGGACCAAGCCAUCAAACAAGCCCGCCGCCACGGAAACGGCCGUGAGGACGACGAUAAUGACAUCUCCAUCUUUAGCCAGGCCAUGAGCUUCCUAGGUGACCACAAGGAGAAGCUCGGCCGCGAGGACAUCGACGAGGAGAAGGUCGUCAACAAUCACCAGAAGCUCUACGGAGACGCUGACGAUAGGGGGCAGAAGCACGGUGCCGAGUCUCUGGGCUCAGGAGCUGCGAUGCAGGCUCUUAAGAUGUUCAUGGAUGACAGCGGGAAGCAGGACCAUAACCAGAACCAGAACCAGAACCAGGGUCAACAGAGCCAGGGUGGUGGUGACCAGAACAAGCUCAUUGGUAUUGCAAUGGCCCAGGCUGGGAAGCUAUGGGAGCAGAAGAACCAGGAGGGUCGUGUGGACACCGAUAAGCAAACUGCCGUCAACAUGGCUGCUCAGUAUGCCCUGAAAAUGUACUUGAAGGGCCAGAUGGGUGGUGGUGGCGGUGGACUCGGCGGACUCGGUGGCCUUGCUCUUAUUUCUGGAGCUCUUGGAGGUGGUGGUGGUGGCAACCAGCAGCAGAGCGGACUGGCUGCCAUUGCCGGUGCAUUGGGAGGAAGCGGAGGCCAGCAGCAGCAGCAACAGCAGCAAGGCGGAGCUGCCAACCUCUUGGGCAUGGCUUCCAAGUUCCUUUAA